CCUGCCUGUUCAUGGCAACUGCAGCCUCAGUCUCGCCUCCCGCUCAGAGCGGUAGGCACGCUGCUCGUCCGUUUCCCGUGCGGCCGAGUCGGCAAGCGAUGCCCAAGAGCGAGGGUGGCUAUCGCACUCCGCCUGUCCCCUACAGCAGCGCCUUCGCCACCUUUUCUCCCGGCCCGAACGGCAUAGGCGGCGGCGGCGUUGGUGAAGGAAGAGGAGGACGUGACUGAAGCCGCAGGAGCGACUCGCGCUCCGUUUUGAUAGCGAUGUUGGCAGCCGCCGUUGCCUGAGCGGUGGUGCCUGCUCUGGAGACCCCCGGACUCCCCGAGGCAAAGUUUGUUCUGCUGGCUGUCGCUGCCUCUUGCUUUGGACUUGGAGGCGCGCGAGCGAGGGCGAUUUAAUUUAAUUGGGGGAGGGGACGGAUAAUUCCGGUGAGGGGGCUACGCCGCGCCUUCUCCUCCGCCUCCUCGGCUUUUCCUCUGCCCACCCCCCUUCCUCCUCCUGCUGCCGCGGCUGCUGAAGAAGAAGACCAAGAAGAAGAAGAAGAGGGACGCUUUGGGGAAGGGGCGGCUGGCGAGGGCUUGCCGGCCUCUCUGCCGCCACCAACACCCAUCAGGUCCGGAUAAGCGAGUCCCGGAUCGGCGCAUCUCUGUGAAUUGGAGCGGCAGCUUCCCUGCGCCGGGAACCGGGCAGCCUGCGAUCCACCUGUCUUGAGGAUUUAAAGCCGCCCUCAACGUAUCUUCUUGGCUCUCCUGUUGCGGGACUUUGAUUGCUCACCGAGAGCCGAGAAGGGUUUUCAAUCCUCCCUUUUCGAAGUCUGCCCUCCCUCCCGGUCCACCCGUUCGUCUCACCCGGCGACCCUUCCUCGCACCAGAAGGCAAGAAACAGGAGAGACGGAGAGAAAGGGGGACAAUGAAGAUUUCGUGGCUAACUUUCGCCUUCCUUUGGGGAAGCAUUUGCACACGAUCUGGCCAGGGAGAGGCUGAGACAAGAGAAUGCACUUACUACAAUGCCAACUGGGAACUGGAGAAGACUAACCAGAGUGGAGUGGAACGCUGCGAAGGUGAAAAAGACAAGCGCCUGCAUUGCUAUGCCUCUUGGAGAAACAACUCUGGAUCCAUCGAACUGGUGAAGAAAGGAUGUUGGCUUGACGACUUCAAUUGUUAUGACAGGCAGGAAUGUGUGGCCACCGAAGAGAAUCCACAAGUAUAUUUCUGUUGUUGCGAAGGGAACUUCUGCAAUGAAAAAUUCACUCACUUACCUGAAGUUAAUGGCCCAGAAGGUCCUGCAAAAAGGAGGAUGGCUUUGAAAAGAUAUGGAGAACGGUUGCAGAAAUUGGUGGUUUAUGAGCCGCCUCCUCCAAAUGCGUCCUUGCUUCAUGUUGUGGUUUAUUCCUUGUUUCCCAUGACUGCUCUCUCCGUUGCCAUCCUGCUGGCUUUUUGGAUGUACCGUCACCGCAAACCUCCAUAUGGGCACGUCGAUAUCAGCGAGGAUCCUAGUCCUCCACCUCCUUCCCCAAUGAUUGGACUGAAGCCACUACAGUUGUUAGAGGUCAAAGCCAGGGGUCGUUUUGGCUGUGUCUGGAAAGCACAAUUGAUGAAUGAGUUUGUGGCAGUGAAAAUCUUCCCCGUACAGGACAAACAAUCUUGGCAAAGUGAGAAGGAUAUCUUCAACACCCCGGGAAUGAAACAUGAAAACCUUUUGCAGUUUAUUGCAGCUGAGAAGAGGGGAACAAACUUGGAGACGGAGCUGUGGCUGAUCACAGCUUUCUACGAGAAGGGGUCCUUGACUGACUAUCUGAAGGGGAACGUUGUCAACUGGAAUGAGCUCUGCCACGUGGCGGAAACCAUGGCGCGCGGACUCUCCUACCUUCACGAGGACAUCCCUUGGUGCAAGGGGGAAGGCCACAAGCCUGCGAUAGCCCACAGGGAUUUCAAGAGCAAGAAUGUGCUGUUGAAGAAUGAUUUGACUGCCGUGCUUGCUGACUUCGGACUGGCCGUACGUUUUGAACCCGGGAAGCCCCCAGGAGAUACUCAUGGACAGGUGGGAACAAGAAGAUACAUGGCUCCUGAGGUCCUGGAAGGAGCAAUUAAUUUCCAGAGAGAUUCCUUCCUGAGAAUUGAUAUGUAUGCCAUGGGCUUGGUUUUGUGGGAGUUGGCUUCCAGAUGCACGGCAGCUGAUGGCCCCGUGGAUGACUACUUACUGCCUUUUGAAGAAGAAAUCGGCCAGCACCCAUCUCUGGAGGAGCUGCAGGAGAUUGUGGUGCAUAAGAAGAUGCGUCCUGUGUUCAAGGACCACUGGCUUAAACACCCUGGCAUAGCCCAGCUGUGUGUUACCAUUGAAGAAUGCUGGGAUCAUGAUGCGGAGGCCAGACUGUCUGCCGGUUGUGUGGAAGAGCGUGUCGCCCAGAUUCGCAAAUCAGCCAAUGGUAGUACCCUCGACUGCCUUGUUUCCAUCGUGACCUCUGUCACCAACGUAGAUUUGCUGCCCAAAGAGUCAACUUCUUGGAUUCUCAGCCUUCCCAAAUGUGGUACCCAUCUCCUAGAAUUCUCAUACUUCCUGGCCAAAACUGCUGUUGGCUCAAAAUUCUGCAAUCCAGACCCAUCUGGCAGACUCCAGGUGGAAAAAGGAUAAAUUUCCUGAUGAUCUUGACAACUUUGCUUUUUACUUGUAAUAGCAAAGAGGUCCUGAAGGAUAUCACGACAGGAUAAUUGUUUGGGGAAAGGGGUGUAACAGACUGAGCACAGGAAUUGUUUACUGAGCCCUUUAGAAAAGAUUGGUCUACCCCAUUACUUUGUUACAGCAAAAUAUAACAUUGCCAUUUUCUAUGGAAUGAAAAUCUAUAGCAUUAAUUUCACAGAUCUUGACUUGGUAGGGAACUGCACUUUUUAAAAAAUCUAUUUAUAUAUUCCCAUAACUUUCAUUACUGGUCAUCAAUAUAUUGAAAUAAAAUCUUCCCAUCAAAAUUCAAGUUCGGUGGUACAACAGAGAUUAACUUUCACAGGUGUAUUUUUCUUUUUAAACAUAUAAGUAUAUCAAUUAUUCGUAAUUUUUUUGGUGAUGAGUGAGAGGAAAACACCCUCUCUACUAAAAUGACUUUUCAUAUUAAUUUAUAUUGUUGGACGCAUCAAAGUGGUUGCUAUUCUUGGUCUCCAAUGCUAUGCCCUAUAUUUACAAGUGCCAAGGGCCUUCAAUCUUGCUGCUGUCCACAUUUUAAAAUGCAAAUAAAACCCUACAGUCUUUCACCUAUCAAUAUAUGUUGUCCCCAAGUUUGAUGACUGACUUCUCUCUAAUGUAAAAUCAACCUAACCUAAAAUCAACCUAAAAUCAACAAUUUGUCAAUUCCCUAUGGAGCUUUCUGUAUUAUUUUGUAGCAUUAGAAAUUUACAUUAAAAGUUGAAGAACAAAAGUGGAAGGAAAACAAAACAAAAAUCCCUAAUUUAAUCCAACUAUUUGGUGGUUGUUUAUUUUUUCAAGGAUUUCUAAAUUGUGAGGUUUAUUCAAGGAAACCAGAUAAAAGUCUUAAAAUUACCUUAACAUAGUGAAAUGUGCAUCUUAUUAAUAAAUAAAUAAACAGGAGUUUAGACCAGAUAUAAAAUACAAAAUUUUCAGUUUUGGAUUCCUGACAAACUUCAGAAAUAAGAAUUAAUUUAGGAAAUACUAAAUGCAGAAAGCUCUAUCAGGUGGUGAAAUAAUUCAAAAGAUUAUCAAUCCUUAGCUCAUAUUCCAAUGUACUGUUUGUAUACCAAGAUAUGUGAAAUGUAAAUUUUGUGGGUUAUAUUUCACUGUAGUAGCUAAAAAAAAAAAAAGAAUGUAGAUCAGAGAUAGCUUGUACUACUGAGUUAACAAAACAUAAGUAUCCACUUAAAAGAAAGAGAAUUAAACAGAGGAGCUCAUAGCUGUAAUCCCUUUUGAACUGAAAAAGUGUGCUGAUUUUUAUAUAUAUAUAUAUAUUAUAUUAUAUAUAAAUAUAGAUAUGCAUAUGUAAGAUGCCCUAAAGAAGACAUUCACUGUAUUGCAAUUCUUUAAAUGGAAAUGUUUUGAAGCAUUGUAUCCUAAUUCAUGCAUUUGCAAUAGAUCUUUGUUUCUUUUUACUGUUGUAUUUUAGAAAUAAGUCUCAUGUUUGAAAAUUAGAUCUGCCAGUUUGGGUAUCGCUGCUUCAGCUAAGUACAGGGUGCCCAAAUAAAACAGUAUGAAUGUAGUAUUUUUGCCUUGUGUGAAGCAGUUCCACUGCAGCAAAUAGGGGGUGGAAAUGUAGAAAGAACUAUUUCAAAGUCUAUCUUUUUCCUAUAUUAAAAUAAAUAUUACAUGGCAAAUUA